GGGCUUGGAGGUCCUUUCUCUAAGACCGCACCGAUAAACGAUUACCAACUGUCAACCUCAUGGCCCCUUCGCUUCCGGCCGCUUUGCCGCGCUGCCUACGCCUGCGCACUCAGGGGCCGCAGGCAGGAGGAACGUACCAACUGCGGGGCAGGGGGUGCGCGCGGAGACCCCCGCGAGCUGCGUUCCCGGAAGUAACUCCUGGUGCAUCCUGGAAUCCAGAGCACCCACUACGGCCUUUGGCCAGGCCCCUGGGUGCGUUCCAGGAGCUCAGGCCUGCGGCGCUUGAAGAAGCACGUUGGCCAACCCGUCGGGUGGUGGGCAAGGAGCCCAGGGGUCAGGGGCCGCUAAGCGGCUGGCGGCGGGGCUGCGGCUCUUACCUGCCGAGGAGGCGCCGGCUCUGCGGUGUGGAGUUGGGCCGGACUUCUCAGCUUGGCCAGUGGCUCCGCGGGCUGCCGGCUCCACCCCUCAGAUUCAUUUGGAUUGAAGGUUGACUCUCAAAAGUGCCAGCUGCACUGUCAUCCUGAAGUACUCCCAUGGAAGAGAACAUGGUGGUGUUACUGUUGUACCAGUGAUGACACAAGAUCCCAGAUCUCCCUGAUGGGUCUGCGGGGAUUGAAGAUUGUGAAGCAAUAGCCUAAGGGACCGGCUGGCUUCGAGCAGGGAAUUGGAACCAGGCCUCCUGGCACUGGCCUGGGGAGAGUGGAAGGUGCCUGCUUCGGGGCGAGCACCAGUUGACCCCCAGUGGAACCCCGUGACAGUCCUGCCAGGGCCCAGGCCAUCCCAGCCGACUUCCGUCUCAUGGAGCCUCCAGGGGAGAAGACGGGAGAGGCUGGCGGGCUGCAAAUCACGCCCCAGCUGCUGAAGUCGCGCACAGGCGAGUUCUCCCUGGAGUCCAUCCUGCUGCUGAAGCUGCGUUGCGUGGGACUGGCCGACCUGGGCUGCCUGGGAGAGUGCCUGGGCCUGGAGUGGCUGGACCUAUCAGGCAACGCGCUUACCCACCUGGGCCCGCUGGCCUCCUUGCGCCAGCUGGCCGUGCUCAAUGUCUCCAACAAUCGGCUAACGGGCCUGGAGCCACUGGCCACCUGUGAGAACUUGCAGAGUCUCAAUGCCGCAGGCAACCUACUGGCCACCCCGGGCCAGCUGCAGUGUCUGGCCGGGCUACCGUGCCUGGAGUACCUGCGGCUCCGAGACCCUUUGGCCCGGCUCAGCAACCCGCUCUGUGCCAGCCCCUCCUACUGGGCUGCAGUCCGGGAGCUGCUGCCUGGCCUGAAAGCCGUCGACGGUGAGCGUGUGAUUGGGCGUGGUAGUGAGUUCUACCAGCUGUGCCGAGACCUGGACAGCUCCUUGCGUCCCAGCUCCAGUUCCGGCCCCAGAGCCACCGAGGCCCAGCCCUGGGUGGAGCCAGGCUACUGGGAGUCCUGGCCCAGCCAGAGCAGCUCCAUCCUGGAGGAGGCCUGCCGGCAGUUCCAGGACACACUGCAGGAGUGCUGGGACCUGGAACGCCAGGCCAGCGACAGCCUGGCCCAGGCGGAGCAGGCACUCAACUCUGCGGGCCCCACCUCUUCCUUCGUCUUCUGAACGUGGCCCAUGGCCCAGGACAGCCUGGCGGGUGGCCUCGCUGCCCCCAGCUCCCCUCCCUGCCCCCACACUCGUCUUGGUUGCUUCACCCUGGUCACUGGCCGUGCAUGCUGGGCUAUUGCUUUAUCCCUAUCCUGAGAGCAGCUCCUCCCCGUGAUCCCUCCACAUGCUGCAAGGAGGCACUGAAGGGCCUUGAGCAGGUGUAAAGGCUCCCACCACCCGUGCGCCUGUGUCCGCAGCUGCUACCACUCCGGGCUGCUCUAGCCUGCGACUUAGUGGAAGGAAUUACUUCUUCCUGAGGCUACAGGCGAGAAAGGUAGGGAUGGGCCAGCCUCUGGUCCCAGCUGUUGGGAGAGAGUAGGCAGGCUGAGUGGCCCAGAGCACUCCUGCCCAAAGCAGGACUCCCCUGCCUUGCAAAUGUGCCUCUCCAGACUGCUACUGUACUCCUUCCCGCCCCGCCCUGGUACCUUCUCUGCCCUUUCUCGUCCACACAUCUAUUAAAUGCUUCUGUUUUCAUUUGCA